ACGUAGAUAUUGCAAGACAUUUGAAAGACAAAGAAAUUGGGAUUUUAGUUAAUAAUGUUGGAACAAUGGUCACUCCACGACUUUUUGAUAAGGUAACAGAGAAUGACAUCUGGACCUAUGUGAAUGUAAAUGUAGCAUCAGUGCCGGCUAUGACCAAGUUGGUGUUACCUGGAAUGUUGGAAAGGAAAAAGGGAGCUAUUAUCAAUAUUUCAUCAGAAGUGGCUUACUUUUCGCUGCCGUACCUUCAGUUGUAUUCAGCAACAAAGUCCUUUGUCAGUAGCUUCACUCGAGCUAUUGACACAGAAUAUGGCUCAUCAGGAAUUACAGUCCAAUGCAUAGAGCCAGCAGGUGUGUCCACCAACUUGAAUGCUUUUGAUGAAAGGAUUCACAGACCAGGAUUCUUCACUGCAACCCCUGACCACUUUGCUACAAGUGCUGUUGCAACCCUCGGAUAUGCUAAAAGCACCACUGGUUAUUGGACUCACGGGCUUCAGUUGUCUUUCCUGCAGCUUUUCCCAGAGUGGUUCAUAGUAAUGUGCUUCAGGUACAUGGUGGAGUUCAACCAAAAGAAGUUAAAAUGAAGUGGGUGUAAGUGCUGCACUUACUUUAUGGCCACCAAAUAAAUCCUUCCAAGCAAAUGAGAAUAAUGAGAUGGAGAGAAAGAUUGUAAUGUCAAGUGCUGCACUUUAAAUAUAUGUGGUUUAAUCAGUUGAGAUUUGUCAUGAGUGGAUCGUCGAGUGAACUUGUUUUCUUUUUUUUGUUUGUUUGUUUUUGUCUUUUGCCCUUGUUUUUAAGGACUUUUAUUUGAAAUUGAAAAAGGGAAAUAUUUUCUGUGUUUUAUGUUUUUGAUGUUUAUUAAUCGGAGAGUGUGACAGUUUGCUCGUCGAAAGUCUGUAUUGUAGAAACAAAGAUGGAAGGAAAUUAAUUAUCUUAUUUUGGUGUGAUGAAUAUAGGGAUGGGUUGUUGUUAGUUUUCUUAAUUUUUCACUUUUUAUUUUUUUUUAUAAAUGUUGACAGAUGAAUAAGGCUGGAAAAAAUAUAUAUGAUACAAUUUUCUCAAGUCAUUCAUUGAUUACCUUCAUUCAGUCUCUUGAACCAUAUUAUGUCUGUAACCCUUGCAGAAAUGUCAUGAUUUUAUGUCAGUGACUUACUGGCAGCUUGAUUGAAUAGUGAUUUAGAAGGUUUUAAGCUACUUUUGCUUAAUAUUACCUGCAAUGACUUAAGAGCUUUUGUUGGGUAUAUGUUAUAUUGGAUUACAUAAAAAUAGUUUAUUAUGGCAUUACUCCUCAGUGCAUGCAGUUCAUAUGAUAAUGAUUAAGAUAGAACGUCAUCAGAUAAAUUAGGAAUUAAGGGAGAGAUUCAUGUUUUUAUGUACUGAACCUUAUUGCCUUUAAAUGAAAGCAGCAAGAUAUGGUGGCAUAGACUAUGAUGCAUUAAAGUCUAACAUUCCACUCCAGAUAAUGUACAUAUUGUGAUUGUUGAUUGUAUAUUGUUAUCAUUUAUAUAAGAGUUUAAGGAAGUAGCUUUGUGAAUGACAUUAGCAAACCUAUUGCACUGUGGCAAUAUAUGAAGUGGGACAAGCUUAUGUGUGAUGUUCUGUUUUUUUUUUCCUAGACAUGAAUCAAUGCCAGUUUUCUUGCUAGGCCUGGAAGAUUUGCUUGCUGUGAGGAAAGUGUAUUGUAGAAUUUUUGGUAAAUGCGAGGUUGGAAAUUUGAAGUUCAGUGAGUAAUUAUGAAACAGAUGUAAACCAAGAGAACCAGCUUUUGUUUCGUUCUCAGGUGGAAGCUAUGUGAAAGGAAUGAAAUAGGAAAUAUUACAAAUAUUGAACUUCAGUCUUUAACUGUGACAUGUCUCAUGAAAUAUCCUUUUGGUAGCCUACAACACAUACUCAAGAGAGUUGGUUGCUCACCGAUAUUAACACCUAUUUAUAGUGUUUUGGAGGGAGUUAAAUGCAUCUCUUCUGAUAUCUCCCAGCUUAUCCCAAGAUACAGUACCUCAUGCAGUAGUGACUGUUUAGAAUCCUGUUUUCUAUGCAGCCCGGAUUAAUGAGGAAACUGGUAAAUUUGAAACAUUAUAUAUUUGUUGUCUAGAUGUUUUAAUUUUUUUUUUUUUAAUUCAAAGCAAGAAAUAUAUGCCUUACAAAUUAAGAAGCACAAUUUGUUUGCAUUCAGAAGCCAUUUUCUGGUUUUGUUAAAUCUCUUCUGUGGUACUUUACUGGUUAAGAGAGGUAUUUGAAAAAAAAAGUUUAUAUAAGUAACUGAUUGGAGUUCUCAUAAAAGUGAGAUUUACAAACACCAACAUUCAGUUUGUAGACAUUUACAUAGAUCAAACUGCAGAUUGUUUAAUUGUGCCAUUGCAGAUUCAUUCUAGUGUACUUUAUAUACGCCUCUUAACUUGCAGUGAUCCAGUGUAGGUAAAUGUACACCUGUAUAACUCCUACCCAGAGAAUGAUUUGUUUGUGAGACAAUCUAGAUUUUCAUAGUACAGUCAAAUCUGUCAUGCACGAAUAUGUAAUCUGCAGGAUAGAAUCAUUGUGCCCUUAGUAACAUUUGAUAGAAUAUUACCUUGAAGAUAAUUGUAUGGAAACAGUCAGGCUGUGAAGAACUUUGCCAAAUAAUUGUAAUGGUAAGAUUGAUUGUGGUAAGUCUUGUGGGUAUUUUUGCUUAGAUUUUGUGACCAGUAAGAGUGAAGAGUCGCCUUGCAGUACGAUAAGAGUUAUUUGUUAUGAUUUAUAAUGAUAAACCAUUUUAUAAUGGGAUAGAGAGAGUGUUUUAAAGGUUGUCUUCUGUAUCUAAUUAUCAUCUUUGAUAUUUAUUUAUUUUCUUUAUUAUUAUAAUUUUGUGUGUUUGUGUGUGUGUGUGUGUGUGUAAAUAUGUCUGUUUAAUGAAAGUUGUUUUGAUUUCUCAACUGUUUCGUCAGGUGAAUGGUAUUGGAUAAUCAUGAAUAAAUGCUGUUUAUGAUAAUUUGUUUUGGUAUUAUUUCAUUCACUCUAUUCAUUUUUGUCUGUUAAUCCCUUUUUGCUGAUCUUUGGUUGCCAUCCUCCUUUUUACAAUGACAUCAUCUUUUAGUUGAAAUAUCUACUUUCGUUGAAAACUUUCAUUUGAAAGUAAGGAAAUGAAGUGGCAUACUUUGGUACCUCCAAUCCCAUUCUAGAUGGUUUAGAAUCCAGUCUACAAGAUAGUAGUGAAAAAAAGUGUUUUUCAGCUUGUUUAUUUCCUAUUCUAUACCCUGUAGAAAGAUAAUGAUGAUUAGUGGUUGAUAGAAAAUAAUUAGGAUGUUAUUUUACUCAUGUGUCACAAGAAAUAUUGUUCAUUCAAUAUAAAAAUUUCCCACAUUUUGAUUCCCAUUCCACAUAGCUUACAUUUUCUGUCUUCAUUUGCAUUAUAUGAAUUAGUAUUUAUUAUUUUUGCUCCUACUUCUCAAGGAAUGCUAAAUUCUCCCUUACGAUGUAUUUUUAUCAAAUUACUAGACUUUCUUUUCCUCUUUGUGCCUUGGUUGAUAGAUAUUUUAUUUUGCUAUUUAUUUAUUUGUGAAUUUGGAUCACAGUGCCAUAUUUCUAUAGGACCCAUAGAAUCAUAGAUUCUAUAUGCUCAAAACAUUGUAGUGUUGUAGUUACCAAAGAAGCAAAUGGCCUAGAUCUUCAGUGAUAUGAGACUAGCUAUGCAAUAAGGCUGAUGUAUCUGUGAUGCACCACACUCAUCAACGUUAUGCACUUAGUAAAGUUCAAGUCAACAGGGAAUUUUCACUAUUGUGGCUCACUUAGUAUUCCAAGAACUGAUUGCAAAUUUGAGCUCCUCUUUGUAAACAAUUUUAACCCACUGGUGCAGGAUACAAUCAAUGUUUGCUGUGAUUUUGUGUUAUUAAUUUUGUUUACCAUAGAUGGCUUUACAAGCAUCAAGCAAUCAGUUGUAUCUCGUGUUUACCCAAUCCUUGAUUUUUGUUUGUUUCUAAUAUUGAUAACAUUAUAAAUAUCACCAUAUCUGUUAUCAUCAUGAUUAUCAUUUUAAGAUUAUUAACAAUAAUGAUGUUAAUAAAAAAACAAUAAGUGGGGAAAUAUUAGAGGUCAGUUAGACCUAAUCACAGAUCAUUUUUGCUUCUUAGUGCUUCUAGUGCCAGCUGUGCAUAAACAAAAUUAUUAAAACAAAACUACAGUUGACUGCAUGUAUAAAUGCACUUCUGACAUCAACAGGUUAAUGUAUUGUACUGUAUAUAAACUGCUGAAACACAAAAUGUGAAUAGAAUAUAAUACCUCAUUCCCAUGCCUUCUAAAUGCACAAGAAAUUGCAGUUUUUAACACUUGUCAGUGAGUGACUGUUUAUGAGAACACAUUACAUUAAAAUUAAAUUGUUAUAAAUGCUUCUGUCUUGAUAUAAAAUGUAUAUCAUAGCUUGAGAUAUAUAUCAGUAGUCAGCCUCUCAUAUAUAUUGCACAACCAAUUUGUUUCAGCAAUGUUUGAAAGUGUUCUAAUAAAACAUAGGAGAAUGCUGUUUUUUCCUAGAGAAUCAAAAUCAAAAUAAUUUUUUAUGAUAGUGGUUUCAUAAAGUUGAAUGACUUAAAAUGAAACAUCCUAUUUGUAAAAUAUUGGCUAUGCCUGAUGUAAUAUGAUUCAACCAAUGAGUUGAAAAAUGGGAAUGUUAGAAAGCUUCUUUUUUCACUUGGAACAGCAAAUACACACUUGAGCUGAUGUGCACAUUCAGAUAUAUACCGAAAACAUGUAUACACACCUAAGCCUAUGUGUAAAAUUCAUUUUAUAUUAAGAUACUUCUGUUUGACUGCAUUUUCAUUAUAAUGUUUGAUGGAUCAUUCCCUUUUGCUCUCUUUGAUAAUCUUACAAAAAACAACAACAUUAUCUCUUAGCUCUCCUGUUUUCAUGGCAAUAAAUGGAUAUUAAAACUUUAAUAAUCCCAAGCCCCAGUUCUUAUGCUGAUUUUUAAAGGUGUCUCCAUUUUUUUUAAACAUGUUCAAGGACUCUUUGACUAUUAGGUAUAAUUGAUUCAUAAAAAUUUCAUACUAAAUCAGUAGUUAGAGUUAUGUGAUUCCAUCAUCAAACACAGUUAUGAUCCUUGCUUUCCCCGAAGAAUAUUGUAUGUUACAAUUAGGGGAUGCAAAAACUGUCCUCACAAUUAAUGGCCAGAUAAUACAUUUGAAUCUCUCUCCUUACAUUCACAUCUUAGUUGAAUUUAGCUUCACCAUCAGUCUCAUAGAAUUUGAUUCUUGACAUGCAGUAUACAUAUGGCUUGUCACUUUUCUGCGUAACUAAUCAUGUUCAUGCUUUGUGCCUCUCUCUCUUAGAACUGACUCCAGCUGCUUGUAUACCACCCCUGCUUUGCUUUUCAGUAUAGAUUUGUUUUACUUUAGCUUAUUCUCUCUUUAAAAGUACAUUUGUCUUUCCAUAUACAUAUAUUGUCAAUUCUGUAGAGACAAACACGUACAGAUAUUGGUGUACCUACACGCAAAAGUUGGUAUUUUAGUUAUUUUCAUUUAUCUGAUAAAUACUGUUAUACAUAUUGCAGCAUGUGAUUACAGUUAUAAAUAAAUGCAUAGAUUAUGAAAG